AUGUCCAGCUACCCGAAAGUGGAGGAAAGUAGAUAUUCCAGUGAAGACAGAGAAAACAUCAGAGCCACCACAUUUCUUAGAACACCUAGAUACUCCUGGGCAAGCACAGGAAAUACCCACCCAGAACUUGGUGUAGGUGCUUCUGUUGUUUUAGACCUCAUAUCCAAAUUGCCGCCCGGUACUUACAGCUUUUAUAUGGACAACUAUUUUACAUCUUUACCCUUGUUGGAUGAAAUAAAAACAUUAGGACACGAUGCGACGGGAACGGUUAGGGCAAAUAGGGUAGAAAAGGCACCCUUGAAAGAAGCGAAAGAUAUGAAGAAAAUGAGCAGAGGGUCUUUUGACCAGUGUACAGAUACUCUGACGAACAUCACCCUCGUACGUUACAAUGACAACAAUAUUGUUACCGUUGCCUCAACCGAAUGUGGUGUGGAGCCUUUAGCUAAGACUUUUCCUGAAAAUUCUUCUUCAGUAAAGAAGCCUAUUCCAAGAUCAUCUCUAGCAGUCAUAAAACGAGUUCCAGUUGAUAUUAGGUUAGAUGGAAAGGCACACCAUAUUAUCAAAAGUGAUAAACAAAACCGUUGUGGUUUAUGUCAUAAAAACACGACAAUGAAAUGUGGCAAAUGCAACGUCGCCCUACACCAAAAGUGUUCUCCUGCGUUUCAUACGAAAUAA